AUGCCUCCCAAAAACAAUUAGAGUGGAUUUAUGUCUGUAGAAUAGAGAUCAGAAAUAGGAGAUUUCUCUAGACAUACUCCAGCAAGAUCUCUAGUAUAACCUCGUAAUAGAUCAAUUCUAGCAACAGCAUCAAGGAGAACAGGAACAUAAUCUUAACAUUCUCCUACAAGAAUGACUGUUGAAACACAUGAAGCAGUAUAUUGGGGAACAAAUAUUGAUGAAAGAGCUAUUGAAAAAUAAUUUGAUAGAUUUUUAAAAGAAUUUAGAUCUGGAGGAAUGGAAUAUUAUAUGAGUCAAUUGAAUUAAUUAAAUGAAACAGAUUAAUUCAUCUUAAAUAUUGAUGGAAGACAUUUAUUAGAAUUCAAUAAUCAUUUGUAUUAACAAUUAAUUCAUUAUCCAGCAGAAAUAAUUCCAAUUUUUGAUACUGUAGUAUAAAAAGUGUUUUAUGAUGAUUUUUUAUCUUUAAAAGCAAGAAAUGAAUAAGAGAGAGAAGAAUUUAGAUUAUAUGCAUAAAGAUUAUUAAUAGGUAUUAUAAAUCUGGAGAGAAAUGUUUAAGUGAGAGAAUUGAAUCCAAAGGAUAUAAAUAAAUUAAUAAGUGUAACAGGAAUAGUAAUUAGAUGUAGUGAAUUAUAUCCAGAUAUGAAAUAAGCUACAUUCAAAUGCACUAAAUGUGGUCAUUAAGUAGGAGUAAAUAUUGAAAGAGGAAGAGUUGAAGAACCUAUUAGUUGUUAAAGAUGUAGAGACAAGAAUUCCUAUGAACUCAUACAUAAUCUCUGUUAAUUUACAGAUAAAUAAUAUGUUAAGUUGUAAGAAUAACCUGAAAAUGUACCANAUGUCAAUUUUAUCACUUACUACAUUCUAAGGAUUGUUUUGUAAUUUACCAUUAACUGA